AUGGCAUCCAAGGACAAUGCCUCGUCCCUCACGCUCUACAGCUGGUCCAAGUCCUCGUGCUCGUGCCGGCUGCGCAUCGCGCUGAGCCACAAGAAGCUGCCCUACCGCCUCGUCGACAUCGACUACGCCAGCCGCGAGCACCACCGCGCCGACUACGCGCGCAUGAACCCGAGCCGCUCCGUGCCCACCCUCGUCGUCACGUCGUCUGGCGGGGGAGAAGCCGACGCCGUGCACAUCGGCCAGUCCGUCGCCGCGCUCGAGUUCCUGGAGGAGGCCUUCCCGGACGCGCCGGCGCUGCUGCCCGCGGCGCGAGAUCUGGCGGCGAGGGCGCUGGUCCGCACGCUCGUGCAGGCCGUGGUCACGGACAUGCAGCCGCCGACCAACACGCGGGUCCUGGACAUGGCGCGGGAGAUGGGCGUCGCGGACGUGGACGAGUGGUGCCGCAGGGUGCACGUGCGGGGGUUCACGGCCUACGAGGGGCUGAUCGCGGGCCGGGCGGGCAAGUUCUCGCUCGGCGACGAGGUGACGCUGGCGGAUGUGUGCCUCGUGCCGGCGGCGUGGAAUGCGACGGGCAGGUGGGGGAUGGAGCUGAGCGAAUGGCCCACUGUGAUGAGGGUGUUUAACAACCUGAUGGAGCUUGAGGCGUUCAAGGGGGAGGACUGGCGGGGAAAGACGGCCUGA